AUGAGUCUCUUAUGUUGGAACUGUCGAGGGUUUGGGAACCCAGAGACAGAGCAGGAGCUUGGUGAUUUAAUCCGGGCACAAGAUCCCGCAAUCGUGUUCUUGGCUGAGACAUGGCUGACUAAAGCUAGGCUAGAGGAAAUUCGGGCACGAUAUAAGUUUGGAGGUAUGAUUGAAGUUUCUAGAGAGACAAGAGGAGGUGGGGUGGUAAUUUUUUGGAAAAAAGAAUUUGACUUCUCAGUGGAUACUUUCUCUCCCAAUCAUAUUGAUGCUAUUGUAAAUCAAGGCAAUGAUGAUGCAUGGAGGUUUAUAGGCUUCUACGGAGAACCAGAUACAAAUAAUCACCAUAUUUCAUGGGCAACUUUACGAAGAUUUAAAGCUAGGCACUCUUUGCCUUGGAUUUGCGCAGGCGAUUUCAAUGAAAUUACAAGAGCUCAUGAAAAAUUGGGAGGGAGGUUAUGUCCAUUCAGGCAGAUGCAAGAUUUUAGAGAUGUGUUGGAUGAAUGUGGCUUUAAAGACUUGGGGUACGUGGGAGGAAAAUAUACAUGGUGCAACAGACAAAGGGAAGGAUACACAAUUUGGGAGAGGAUUGAUAGGGCGGUGGCAACAAUCGAUUGGAUUGAAAAAUUCCCAGAUACAAAAAUUGUGCACUUGGAGUGUGGGACUUCUGACCAUAAGCCGAUUAUGAUAUUCCCAACAGGCAUACCAAAGAAAAUUCAAAGGCCAUGGAGGUUUGAGCAAAUGUGGAUCGAGGAGGAAGGGUGCCAUGCAUCAAUGGAGGCGGCUUGGAGAGAACUAGCCCAUGGGAGUUCGAUGGACAAGUGGAAAUCAAAUUAA